AUGUCACGUUCAAAUCAUGUCGGCCACUUCUUCCAGACCACCGAUUCUCUAGCCGCAACAGAACGCAAGACUGCAAAGGCUAAGAACAAGCAUGGCAAACCGAUCAAGCUCUCCUCCAAAGUCCUCGCCGUCAUACCAGCAUCAACUGCCUCCGUGCUGGUAGCAGAGGCAGCAGGAGACGUCAAGAAGGUGGCCUUGGAUUCUGAGACGAUAGAACGGCAAUUCAACUCCGGCACAGCACCUCUCACCUGCCUAGCCACAGACCCAACAACCGACACAAUAUACGCCGGAUCCUGGGACAAGACCAUCUACGCCAUCAACAAGCGCGACAACAGCACAAAGCAAUUGACGAGCCAUACCGACUUCGUCAAAUGCCUAGCCAUCGCCCAUCUCGACAGCCAACCCAUUCUGAUAUCCGGCAGCUCAGACGCCACCAUCAUCAUCUGGGACAUCUCUCCCUCCAACUUCGGCAAAGUCCUCCACAAACUCAAAGGUCACGCGAAGGCCCUGCAAGACUUUGCCAUCGAUCCGCAUGAGGAGUCUCAAUCAUCACGCUCAAUCACUCUCUUCAGCGCCAGCAGUGACCGGGAGAUCAGACGUUGGCAGAUCAGCCGCGCUUCCGCAUACGAGCUGCCCGAAUCACUCGAGAAGCCAAUACUGGCCCAGGACACGAGCGUAUAUAAGCUACGCUUCGACUCGGAUGGAGAUCUGUGGACUGCUUCCGCCGACAAGACCGCCAAGCAUCUCAUCCGGAGUCGCAACUGGGAAGCAGACACUACUCUGGAGCACCCAGACUUCGUGCGUGAUGUGCUACCAUUUGAAGACCUCGGUCUUGUCGUGACAGCAUGUCGAGACGAAGAAGUGCGGGUGUGGGACGUCUCGAGCGGCAAGCUGGUCUGCACAUACACUGGCCACUUUGAGGAAGUGACAGGACUCGCGUCUUUGACGGACAGGAAAGUCGUGAGUGUCAGUAUCGACGGCACCGUGCGGCAGUGGAGUCUGGAGAGGCCAGAUAUGGCGAAGUAUCAAGAAGAGCUUGCCAAGGAGGCUGCCAAUGGCGAGGCCGAAGACAAGCAAGAUGAAAAGAAGGGAAGCAUGUUGACUGCUGAAGAAGAGGCGGAGCUCGCAGAGCUGUUGUCUGACGAUGACUGA